AUGAUCAACCGACGAAAAGUGGUCAUCACGGCGCUAGUGCCCUUGUUCCUGUUGGUGGCGAUCGGCGUCGAGCUUUGCGCCGGACACGGCCGAUUAAUAGAGCCCCCAAGUCGAGCCUCAGCCUGGCGGUACGGCUUCUCGACACCACCGAACUACAACGAUCACGAGCUGUACUGUGGCGGGUUCAAUCGGCAGUGGCAGAAGAACGAGGGCAAGUGUGGCGAGUGUGGUGACCCCUUCGAUGCCCCAACGCCACGACCCCACGAGUUUGGUGGCAAAUGGGGUCAGGGAGUGAUUGUGCGGCGGUACAAACCCGGUACGACGAUAACGCUGCGAGUUGAGCUCACGGCAAGCCACAUGGGGUACUUUGAGUUCCGCAUCUGUGACAACGUGCAAGCGAAGCAGGACUGUCUGGAUAAGCACCUGAUGCGGAUUGUCAGUGGCACACCGAGCAUCCCGCAUCCAAAUGAUCUGAAGACGCGAUUCUACCCUCGAAACGGUAGUCGCAUCUACGAUAUGAAAGCGGAACUUCCGGAAGAUCUCAACUGCAGCAACUGCGUCGUGCAGUGGAAGUACGUGGCCGGCAACAACUGGGGUAUCUGUCCGGAUGGUAACGGUGCGGUUGGAUGCGGCCCACAGGAAGAGUUCCGUGCCUGCGCCGAUGUUUCGGUCAGCGUAAAGGACGGCCAGGACAAUCGUACGCCAUUGUGGCCGAACCAGAAACCGACACCCACACGUGCUCCAGGCGCAACCACGGAACCAUCCGCCGGCGAAGAACCGAUCGAGGAGCCACCGAAGGGCGUCAAGUACAUGGGCCCGCUGGUGGCGAUUAUGUCGCUUUUUCUGGUCCUAUGUGGAUUUGCUGCACUUUAUAUUUAUCACUAUCAUGGGGGGCGGAUAAAGGCGCUGAUACGGUGGAACCGCGAGAAGGCGCAGAAAAGUGGAGGUCCCUCGAACGAACCACCAAGUGCGGGACACAACGACCUGGAGGCGAACGCGCCCGUACCACCGCCCAGGACGAAGCGCAUCUCCAACCAGAUCCGCGACAUCGACGCGCAGGAAUCGAGUGUCCUCUCCGGCAGCACCAAGAUGCGGAAGUCACCGCUCGAAAUCAACGUACACCGGAAGCCGGCCGGUGUGGACUGAGCCCGUUUGGCGGUGUACUAAUGCAUGUUAUAUGUUUUUAUUUAUUUGCGCCACGCAGGGCGGACAGUUUUUUAAAACGUCGGGUUGCCUCUCGUGGGUUGUCACGUUGAGCUAGAGCUGGCGCGUGGAAAACAAAAUAGUGUAAUUGGAUAGAUAUUCCCUCUCACAGCUGCGACUUUCAUUCAGUAUAAGUAGAAACGCGUACGCACGAAACGGUUCCGCUUGUGCGCGUUUUGCCGCCAACUUGCAGCAUCUAAAACGAACGCUAACGGAUUUUGGCAGCUGUAAAUUGGCAGACGUUGCAAUCGGUUUCGCUAAAUGCACCACACGUAUGAGAAAUAUAAAGUGUAGCGUAG